GCCCGCCGCAGCAGCUUAUAAGUCCUUUCGUGCAGCUGCAGGUGGGUGCCGCUCACCAUGGGGAUGCUAGUGCCCACUGCUCUGGCUGCGUGGCUGCUGAGCCUGCUCCAGCAGCAGCUGGGCUCCCUCUGGAGUGGCCUGGCCCUUCUGUUCUGCUGGCUGAGAAUAGUCCUGGGGUGGCUAGGUUCUGGAAGGGGACAGCCACAGCCACAGGUCCCGACCGAGCCCAAGGAGACCCAGGAAGAACCGAACAGUUCGCCCACAACCCCCGUGAGCGUCAACUAUCACUUCACCCGUCAGUGCAACUACAAAUGCGGCUUCUGCUUCCACACAGCCAAGACAUCCUUCGUGCUGCCCCUGGAGGAGGCCAAGCGAGGGCUGCUUCUGCUCAAGCAGGCUGGUAUGGAGAAGAUCAACUUUUCAGGAGGAGAACCCUUCCUGCAGGACAGGGGUGAAUAUGUGGGCAAGCUCGUGAGGUUCUGCAAGGAGGAACUGGCCCUGCCCUCCGUGAGCAUAGUGAGCAACGGGAGCCUCAUCCGGGAGAGGUGGUUCAGGGACUACGGUGACUUCUUGGACAUUCUUGCUAUCUCCUGUGACAGCUUCAAUGAGGACGUUAAUGUUCUCAUUGGCCGGGGUCAAGGAAAGAAGAACCAUGUGGAAAACCUUCAAAAGCUGAGGAAGUGGUGCAGAGAUUACAAGGUGGCUUUCAAGAUUAAUUCCGUCAUUAAUCGCUUCAACGUGGACGAAGACAUGAAUGAACACAUCAAGGAUCUGAGUCCUGUCCGCUGGAAGGUCUUCCAGUGUCUCCUGAUUGAGGGUGAGAACUCUGGAGAAGACGCCCUGAGGGAAGCUGAAAGAUUCCUUAUAAGCAAUGAAGAAUUUGAAGCAUUCUUAGAGCGUCACAAAGAGGUGUCCUGUUUGGUGCCCGAAUCUAACCAGAAGAUGAAAGACUCCUACCUUAUUCUGGAUGAAUAUAUGCGCUUUCUGAACUGUACUGGUGGCCGGAAGGACCCUUCCAAGUCUAUCCUGGAUGUUGGGGUAGAAGAAGCGAUAAAAUUCAGUGGAUUUGAUGAAAAGAUGUUCCUGAAGCGUGGCGGGAAGUAUGUGUGGAGCAAAGCUGACCUGAAACUGGACUGGUGAGGCUGAGGAGACUCUGAUGAGCUCCGGGGAGGUCCAUGUGCAGCUGCCUCCACCACCCUCGGCUCCUGGCCAUUCUCCAGGGAUGAAGACCUGACUGUCUGCUGCACAUCCUCUGGCUGUCGGUGGUUUAUUGUUACUGAGAAUGCAGUGUGUCUGUCUGUCUGUCUGUUUCAGUUUGACUGAACUAAGAAAGAGGUAAAAUGACGCAAUGACAAUCUAUAAAACAGGCAAUCUGCCUGUGUGCAGGGAGAGAGUUCAGUUCACAGAGGAGCAAGGUCUCAGAGACCAGUGUAUUUAACUUGUAUUUGAAUUUUUAAGGAAUUUUACUGUGAAUCCCUUGUUUCCUUUUUCCUUUGUUCCCCCCACUUGAGAAAGUGAGUUGUUUUCUGCUAAGUAUUCCAGUUUUGUCACCAGGAAACAUCACAAAAUACAUCCUCCCAUUGCUAUUCUAUCGCUGUUCUGCUGUGGAAUGUUGGACUUUUUACUCAGAAGUAUAUGGAGAAUGAAGACACAUCCCAAAGAGCCAUCAAUGAGACUCUUUCUCGUUUGCCGAGAGCUCGUGGAAGGAAUCACUUCCAAGGAUGCUGUUGAUGGCUCCAGCACGUGAUGCUGCUGCUUGAAAGAUGAGUGUUCUGUACGGUGCCAACGUCUCCAGGAUUCUCUACAAAACCCAAGAGAUGCUUUGCCUUUCAUGAUGUGGCCAUGAGGAUGGCACUUGCACAGCUGCAUCCUCCUGGUGAUGAGGCUGCCUGAGUCCGUCACUCUAAAACAGGAGUUUGAGUAGAAGAAGGUCACCAUCUCACUCUGAAAAAGCAACAUUGGCUGUGUUGGUGCAUUCCGCCAAGGUCGUGGGAGCAUGGGCAGGAGGGACUCUGUCGGGAAUGUGGAGUGUGGCUGGCUUGGUAUAAAAGCACUUGUGCCUCCAUAGAACAUUUCCCAAGGAACUCUGAGAUGAGGCGCAGUUAAGGUCGACACGAGAGGAACCAGUUCCUUCUCUACACCAAAAAGCAGAAGAGACAAUGUGACUGAGUCAAAAUCUUCCUCCUGUGGGAGCAUUGCAUGAAGUUUAUCAAACCUACACAGCGUCUCACUGCUUGAAAGGAAACAAUUUCCUAUUAAAGAGCAAAAUCAUUGAAAAAUUUGUUAUGCCCAAGAAAUUUAACUUCCCUGGAAUUCUACUGAUGCCACUAGAGGGCGAUGAGACGUCGGACUGCAUCUCGGAAAUUUUUGCUUCAGAGUCUAUUUUUUAGGACUUGGUGAAUUUUGGUUCUUUUUCUUCAUUGGUGUGUGUGUGUGUGUGUGUGUGUGUGUGUGUGUGUGUGUGUGUGUGUGUGUGUGUUGUGUGUGUGUUGUGUGUGUGUGUGUGUUUGGAUUAGUACUAAGAAUUUGAUAAGGAACUGGAUUUUUCUCACAAAAGAUGUUCAUACUUCAAUUAAGUCACUAUAAUUCAACUGAGACAUAUUUUUGUCUCAUCAAAAAUAGGUCAGGUGUUCUGAAUUUUCUGUUUCGUUUGUGUGUGUGUGGUUGUUGACCUAUUUUAUUUUUGCUUGAAACUGUAUAUAACUAUGUAGCCCAGGCUGGCCUGGAACUCAUGGUCUUCCUGCCCUAACUUCCCAAGAGCUAGGGAUUACACUUGUAUAUAUCACCUGACUCCUGUGUAGAUAUUUUAAAGAGAAAAUUGAAUCAUAUUUUCCCCUGCAGAUUUUGAUAAUUUUUAGUUAAGUCCUGUGUACUCAGUUUACCUGGGAAACCCCAGAAGACAUGAGCAGAUGCCUGCUUGGUCAUGUGACAGGAAAGCAAACUUGGAGUUGAGGCUCCAUCUUCUGAGUUAGAGUAUGCUUUCUUCAAGCUGAGGGGACCUGUAUGUCUCCUUCCCCUAGGGAAAACCAGCAUGAAAAGUGUACACUUGGGAAAUGAGCUGUUCUAAAUGCACUCCCAAGUGUUUCUCUGACUCCUAACCCUUAUGUAUGCACAGGACAUAUGAGAACUCAAUGCUUAAAAUGUUCAAAAAUCCCUCUUUCUUAAAGGGAAGAAUUGUGAUAUUUUAUCAUCAUAGUAAAAAAUCAGACUUGGAUUAGAUCAUGGGUUGGUUUGCUUUCUCAGUUUUAAAUCUGGGUGUUCAUUUUGUGAAACAUAUGCUCUUUACUGGGAAAGUGAAAAGCUAUUUGGUUGACAUUUAUUUGCUAAGUGUUACAGAUAGUUUGUGUUAGAUGACUGCUUGACUUAGGAUGGGCAUGCUGUGAAAGGGGAUUUACUUAAGAACUUUGGAGGGCAGGACAUCCCAAAAGCCCCUAGUGUCUCUAUUAUAUAGUGUUAAAUGAUAAAAUCAUGGGCUGUUUUCUUGUAUGCUGGAAGCCAGAUGGUGUUAUUUGACUAAACUAUCUGGGAAAAAAAAAUGGUCUCAGGUUUGGUCUGCAUUGGAUUUUGGGGUCAAAUUGUUACAUAGAACAACAGCCAAACAAUCAAACAAUCCAGCCACAGUUGGUUCCUUCCAGCAAUAAUUCAGCUCAUGCCCUACCUCUUGAUGAACUGAUAUUGUUUAAUAAGCUCUUUAAGACAAAGGACAAUAAUGUGGGUGACCACACAUCAUCUGAGUGUGUUCAGCUAAGGUUUAGUGUUGGGAGAUAUAUGUAUAUGCAUUCCCCUGUA